AUGGCAGGGCUCCGUGUCCGCUCCGUUCUGGUGACCGGGGCCAACCGAGGGCUCGGUCUGGAACUCAUCAGGCAGCUCCUGCAGCUGCCAAACCCUCCCGAGAGGGUCUUUGCAGCCUGCCGGGACCCCAAGGGAGAGCGAGCGCAGGAGUUGCAGAGUUUGGCSUCCAAGYACCCCAGCCUGGUCAUCAUCCCACUUSAUGUCACUGACCCUGCCAGCAUCCAGGCAGCUGCAGCCAGAGUUGAGGAGCACCUGAAGGGCUCUGGGCUCAACCUCCUCAUCAACAACGCGGGAAUACUGUUGAACAGGACCUUAGAUGUGGAGAAAAAGGAGGAUAUGUCUAAAGUGUAUACCACCAACACGAUUGGGCCCAUGCUGGUGAGCCAGGCGUUCCUGCCCUUGCUGAAGAAGGCUGCCCAGGGGAGCCCGAGUUCUGAGCUGAGCUGCAGCAGGGCAGCCAUCAUCAACAUGUCAAGCAUUGCUGGCUCCAUUGAAGAAGUGUAUUUAUGGGAUUUGGGGCAAAUUGUCUCCUACCGCUGCAGCAAGGCUGCUCUGAACAUGCUCACCAAGUGCCAGUCCUUGGGCUACCGGCAACACGGCAUCCUCUGUGUUGCCCUCCACCCUGGCUGGGUGCAAACCGACAUGGGGAACACAGCAGAACGAAAGCCCCCACUGACAAUGGACGUGAGCGUGCRAGGGAUGCUGAAGGUGCUCUGCUCGCUGUCUGACAAGGACACUGGGACUUUUCUGGACUGGGAAGGCAAAGUAGUUCCCUGGUGAAACACCAGCCCCAUGUUGUGCCAGGAUCCUGGCAGCA